GAACUUUGAUACCAAUAUUCCAAAGGAACUGCGUUUUAACAAAUGUGCUUGCAUUUUAUCUCAUUCUUUACGCAGAUACUGUUUAAAGCAGAACAACAAAUAUGAGCGCUAGAUUUUCUUCCAAUGUUCCGGCAUGCGUCGUCGAGACGUGUUACGAGCACGAAGGCGUGAUCGUACCAAAUAUUAUGCCUCUUAAGGUCCUUAAACGCAUGAGGAGCUUCACCGUUCGACCUGAUGACCUGUUCGUCGUGACCUACCCUAAGUCAGGGACAACCUGGGCUGUUCACUUGAUGCUUUUGAUAAAACAUGAUGGAAAUAGGAGCGAACUUGAAGGAAAGCACAUCAUAAAGAUGGUUCCAUUCCUCGAGAUUGUAGAAGACAUGCUCAACCCAUCGACAUCAGCGUUACGGAUCGACGCAGCAGAAGCUAUGGCAUCACCAAGGAUACUCAAAUCUCACUACAUACCGCCUUUCUUGCCAAUGGAUAUAAGCACUGAUGAUCCGAAAGCUAAGGUGCUAUACGUAGCCCGAAACCCAAAGGAUGCCGCGGUCUCCUUCUACCACUUCUGUCAUCAUAUUGGUCCACUGCCCUCUUACGAGUCUUGGGAUAUAUUCUUCGAAGAGUAUCUCGCAUUAAGAACUCCUAUAGGAUCUUGGUUUGAAAACGUCUUGCCAUGGUGGAGGAAAAGAAAUCAUCCAAACGUUCUUUUUCUCAAGUACGAGGACAUGAAAAGGGAUCUUCCAGGUGCAGUGAGACAGAUAGCAGAAUUCAUGGGAAAGUCCUUUUCAGAUGACGUCAUCGAAAAAAUCUCGGAAGCGUCGACCUUCCAGGCAAUGAAGAAGAACCCCUCCUCGAACCCUGACACUUUUGAUUCGCCUGGCAGAAAGGUGAAAAGCGGCAACUCAUUCAUGAGGAAAGGGAUAAUCGGAGAUUGGAAGAAUUAUUUCACUGACGAUCAGAACAGAAGAUAUGACGAGCUUUACGAGAAGGAAAUGGCUGGCUCUGGACUUGUGAUGGAUUUCGAAUAGUUAUCAAAGAUGAUUGCU